AAAUUUGUCAAGUGACGUAAAGUGCCAGAAUUGUAAAAGUUAAAUUAUUUCUUAAUUUUCUAAAUAAUUAACAAAAAAAUAUAUUGUUACAAGUUCACUGUUCAAAAUGAGAAGUAGCGGUUUGGUUUUGUUCACAUGUGCUGGAUUGUUGCUUAGCGGCGGCGCUAUUCUCGGUGGCUCAACAGCAUGGACGUUGCUCCGUAUCUCGUAUUACUUCUGGACGUCCGACCUGGGCGUGGAGCUGGGCUGCAGCGUGCUCUUCAUCACUGGUGCGGUGCUGUGUCUGCCCGCCUGCUGGCUCUGCACCGUCGUGCCUUACCACACUAAGUCGCAAUCGCUUGUUGUGACUUUGAUGGCGUUGGUGACGGUGUCGAUGCUUUUGCUGUCGCUGGGUCUGUCGUCGGCGGCGGGGCUGUCGCGGGCGGUGCGCGAGCCGGCAGCUCUCAACGCCAGCAUGCUACGCGCCAUAUCACGAGAUGCUGUCGAUCCAGCAAUCAGGAGCUCGUUCGCUGCCAUGCAGCUUGAGCUACAUUGCUGUGGCGUCCAAUCUUACUCAGAUUGGUAUCAACACCGACAAAUACUUCCACCUGCAUGUUGUGGCCGAGUAUGGAACGGAAAGCGUGGAGAUCUGUGUGAAGUUCCUUUGUAUAAAGUGGGGUGCCUGCGGCCGGCUCUGCUAGAGCUGCGCAGCUUCGUCAAUGCCAUCUGCGCACUCACGUCUGCUAUUAUUUUGGUCUUGGGUGUGACAUUAAUUACUGCGGCGUACGUGGUGGCGUCCGGCGUGGUGGAAAGCGGCGAGGGGCGCACCAAGCCGCAGCCGCUGCGCAUCGCUUGCAUCGCUCAACCGCACCAGCUGCUGUCUUUUACGCCGCCUCUCCACACCGCGCACUUUAUGCCGCAGCCACCGCCGCAGCCGCAACUUCAGCCGCAAACCACUCCGCCCGCACUCAUGUGAUUACGAUUACCAAACAAAAUACGGGUACUUUGCACCGUUGUAAAAUUUGAAUAGAGCUAUAUUAGAAGAAAUUGUUAUGGAUUACGCCACAUAGGUGUGUACGCGUUUGUAGAGAAGGUUUACGUGUAUAAUUGUUUGUUUUGUGGUUGAGGUGUGAUUUCAUUUCCGUGCCCAAGCGAACUUUCACAGCACUCGCGAGUCGCGCCGGACUAAUCGACUAGAUACUUAACGAUAGAAAAUUAAGAUGUAGCAUUGGUCACAAUCCUUGGACUGUAUUGUACUGCACCUCCGAUGACGCCCUCAUUUUUGUUAAAGUGGCAACGUUGUAAAUUGGUUAUUGUUUUGAAAAUUAUAGUGUUAGUCAUUUCUAAAAUCAUGAAACUUUUGUGAUUAUAGUUAUUGCAAAAUUUAUGUGCGGUGAAUCGUGAUUUUAAUUUAAAAAAAAAUGAUCGGUACCUGUUCUUUGUUUUAUAAAAUUUAUGAAUAAUAUAUGUAAUGAUUAAAAUGUA